AGAGCGCUAGCAGACCUACCUGUGGAAGCAACACACCAGGGUGCCACACCCAACUCCCAUUCUCUGUUUCUGGGGAUACUAUAGACGCGGCACUGGAAAACAUGUUGUUUUGGCACAACCAGCCAGAGCCCUACCACCAGCAUUCAACUGCAAGUUAUAUUCGGUAAGUGGACAUCUCCAGAGAACGUUUUAUAAUCAGAAAAGUUUAAUUUAGUUUAUUCUUAAAUGCUUCAUUUAAAUGGUAUUGAAAGCAACGAAAUGUUUGAAAUACAUUUUUAUUAGCCCACAACUUCACCAUUUCACCUAUAUCGCCCUUUAGUCUUGUAGUAGCUUAGGCGAAGACCUUGCAAAAUUGCUACUCUAUUCCACCUCAGAUUUAAAUGUUAAAGCAUUCAAUAUAUGGCAAAGUAAUGUUGUGCAAUGUGAUUAUGCAUCAUACAAGUGUAUUAAAACAUUUUACCUACCGUUGCACCUUAGCCAAGGGGUACUGAUAAGAUCAAAUCUGUCUGACCAUUGAGACCAUUGACUGAUCUGUCUGACCAUUGAGACCAUUGACUGAUCUGGCUGACCAUUGAGACCAUUGACUGAUCUGGCUGACCAUUGAGACCAUUGACUGAUCUGUCUGACCAUUGAGACCAUUGACUGAUCUGGCUGACCAUUGAGACCAUUGACUGAUCUGUCUGACCAUUGAGACCAUUGACUGAUCUGUCUGACCAUUGAGACCAUUGACUGAUCUGUCUGACCAUUGAGACCAUUGACUGAUCUGUCUGACCAUUGAGACCAUUGACUGAUCUGGCUGACCAUUGAGAAGCCUCUUACUUAUUUGUGCUUCGAUAAAUCUUUGAAUGAUCAACCGCACCUUUCCCCCCCUCCUCUCUCUCUCUCUCUCUCUCUCUCUCUCUCUCUCUCUCUCUGCUCUCUCUCAGAGAUGCUUUGGCGCCUUUCCUGAAACACGAGGAGGAACGGCACGCAACAGAAAAUGGCACCAAAUGGUCUCCUUUCCAAUAUGUUCUCUGUGCAGCCACCUCGCCCGCUGUAAAACAGCAAGAAGAAACUCUGACUUAUCUAAACCAAGGUAGCUAGCUAUUCUUUCUUCAUUACUAAAGUCAUAGGUUGUUGGAUGGAACUGAAGAACUCAUGGCAUGUAAUUGAGUGUAGGCCCACUGGAAGAACAUUCUCCCUCUUAUCAGCACAGAUACAAUAUGGAAAAAACAUCACUCCAGUAAACACAAGGUCAUAUUCUCGCUCUUUUUUAUUUUUAUUUUGUACAUUUACUACCCACACAAGAUGACACUUACAUUGGAGUAAAUCUUCUUCAGCUUAUUUACAUAGACACACAAUUCCCUUUGAAAUAGUCCCACAUCAGUAAUCUUGCAUUUCUAGAUAUUCCACUUUAGUUUCUGAAAGAUCCCCCAAGAUAUAUAUUUGAUUUUCAUAUUCAUCUUAUCUUUAACUGCAUUUUCCCUCAUUGUUGUCAUCUUCUUGUUCCCUCUUGUGGUCUAAUUUAUGAUCAUCCAUUGGAUUUAUGUAUUAUGUAUUUAUUGGUUCAGAAUAUAUUGCAUAUAAGACGGCCAUUUACCAAAAGUUACUAGGUUAGUUGCACAUUUCAGUGAAUGGAAUUGGAAGCUAUUGGUAAACCAGCAAAAAAUUAUUAAACCCCCCCAAAGAAUUGGGAAGUUAGUCUACUAUGUAGGCCUACCUGCCUUUAAGAUAUGUUUAUAUAAUAUGACUAUUGCACAGAAGUACUUGCUUGAUAUGAUGGAAAUUGUAAUAGUAAAUUGCAAAGUAAAGAUUUUUAUUUUACAAUUGUCAGGCUCGACCAUAAUGUGGCUGAAAACUUUUACUGCAAGGGGUCUAUGGUGGCAAACCCUGACUUUUAAAUCAUUUUUAAAAGAAAAGGUGUUUAUUGAAUACAUUUCUAUUCCUAUGCUGCCCCUUUUUCUGACUGAUUGAUUUCACAUUUUUCAAUUUUAAUCAGGUUUGUCUUAAUGUUUUAAAAUGUAGGUCAGUCCUACGAAAUCCGUAUGCUUAACAGAAAACUAGUGGAGUAUACAGAUAUAAGCAGCAAAUAUGUUAAGGUAGGUUAAAGGUAUUGUGUAUGUAUUUUUGACUUUCAUGUGACCUCUUCCCUGACCUUUUUUUCUUUAUCUGUUUAUAUGUAUCUUCCAUUUCCUGAAACUGUCAACACACAGGUGACUCCUCAACCCUCUUCUUUCCACUUCGGGGGUUGGGCGUGUGCCAUCUUUGAAGACUUGGUACUAUCACCCAACUUCUCCCCUUCUGAACUUAGACACCACCACACACUCAGCUCAGUUCAGCUUACCCUACAACACAUCCGCUUUAUCGCACAACACAUCAUAUAUCUUCAAGUUGUCUUAUUUGCUCUUUUUGCAUAAGUUCAUUUUACGUACAAUUCUGCUUUCGUCUAUAGACUUUACUACUGGGAAUUAUUCAUAAAGUUUUGACAUUUUUUUACGUUGUUGAAAUGUAUUUCUUGUUUUUCUUUUUCAAAUGUGAAAUGUGCAUCAAGAACAUUGAUCUUAUAGCAAGGAAAUUAUGACAAUCCUUUGUUUUAUCUUUAGUAAGACCAUUUUUGUUUGUUAUAAAGGAAACCUUGUUUAACUUUAUUUCAUUAUUUGAAAAAGAACAAGUGGUAUAUUGAAGAUGCCAUUGGUUUAUGAAUAACACCCAUUAGUACAACUCAAGUUGCCACUGUGUGCAAAUUUUGUUACAGGUUGUUAUAAUAUGUUGGAUCUAUGUUUGUUUUUAAGUGAUUUUAAUUAUGGGAGUCGACUUUUAUAUAUCUUUAUGUCUAUCACCAGUGUUUAAAAUUAAGGCAGAUAUCGGUAUGCAUUUUCCAUGAAGUCAUUUUAAUUGAAUUUAGCCAUGUCCCAAUACACAUAUCCAUCCACUUGAAAGUUCUGUGUCGUCAGGCUGUCAGGAAUGGACGGUCAUAUUCCGGUCAUGUUCAAUGAAGCAGUCUAACGACACUAGAAUGGAACAGGUGGCACUUCUACAAACAGAUGACGUGUUGUGUCUGUCUAUGGCCUUGUGCUCUGCGCAUUCACGCAUGAGCCUCUCAGCAUAUUAGGCUGAAAUGACUGGAAACGUUGUUUUUACAGGUUGUUAAUUUUAUGAUUUGCUUUAUGUUCUUAGUAGGUUUUAAAUGUGCAAUUAACUUCAUACUAAUGCAACAGUGAGGGGGAACAUUAAUUUAUGUCCCUUCGUUUGUGUGGAAACAAUAAUUAAGUGUGCACAGGCAGUUGUCUAGUCUGUCUUUACCAAUCCAGACCAGUGCUUUAAUCAUUAAAAGCUUUAUGUAUGUGCUUUGUUCUCAAACGGUGACACUUCAAACAACUACUACUGAUUCCUCACUAAUGUCUUAAUAGCACAGGUAGAACUCAUGGAUGUUUUAUCUCAAAGCUUCUGUCAACAAAUAAUUUAGCUAUGAAGGCAGAUUACUGCACAACCAUCAGACAUAAUUUAAUCCUAUAUGGCUUUAACCCCAGCAUUAUCUCCCUUUAUAUGGUUUAGUCAAUGGGAAUCUGUGGAUGUUCUUUUAAGUGUUACUCAUAUGAGCUGAAGCCAAGGGUGAUGCAAUCCUUAUGGAUCUCCACUUGUUAAUGCCUGAAGAAAUGAUCUGUAAAUGGUUCUUCUGGGAGAUUGUGUGUAGCUUUUCGCACUUUGCCGAACGACAUUGGCGAUCGGCCACGUGCGAGGCUGCCUUGCUUAGUCACUGUGCUUCGUACUAAUGCUUUGUCCUGCUUGUCCACAGAGCAUUGUGCGUGUGGUGUUUCAUGACCGGCGCCUGCAGUACACAGAACACCAGCAGCUGGAGGGUUGGCGAUGGAACAGGCCUGGGGACAGGAUCCUGGAUGUAGGUAAGGCUGGUUGCCAGCAGACCAGAGAACUUCUUAAGUAAACCCAACCACAGUCUGUUUGAUGACUGAACUAUGAUAUGAUCUACAUUGCCUUUGUAUCACCUUUAUAAUCGGUCUGAUACUGAAGUGUAAUUACUAUGCAAUUAUUAGGUAUUUACCGUUUUAACUAAUCCUUUCUAAGUAUCUACCUGGUAAAUAGCAAGGGUAACAAUUUAUUCUGACCUGCUGUGACUGACUGACUUGAUUGUGUCCAGAUACCCCCCUCUCUGUGGGUGUCGUCGAGCCUCGUGCUCACCCGCUGCAGCUCAACACUAUAGAGUUCCUCUGGGAUCCUGUCAAGAACGCAUCCGUCUUCAUCCAGGUAACACAGUCAAAUAUCUAUCUAUUUCUUUUCCCUGCUUUCUAGUUUAUUUUGGUCCUGGAAUUGGGGUGAAAGUAAAAUCAUUUGACAUAUAAAAUGUUUUUUUUUUUAAGGUGAAUUUAAGGAAUUUAUAAAGUGAGUUUAUACAGUGACUUCCCACAUCCCAGAGGGACUAUUUUCCAAUUCCACCCGUUUCUUGCAUUUGAAACUCUAAUUAUCAUAUUUAUAGAAUGGCUCAUGGAUUGUGUAUGUAUGUUUGUUUGUGUGCAGGUCAACUGCAUUAGCACUGAGUUCACCCCUAGGAAGCAUGGUGGGGAGAAGGGAGUUCCCUUCCGUAUCCAGAUAGACACCUUCACUCAGAACGAACAUGGAGAGUACCUGGAGCAUAUGCACUCCUCCAGCUGUCAGGUCAAGGUCUUCAAGGUAAAGGGGCUCUUAGGUGGAGUUGUGUGUGUGUGUGUGUGUGUGUGUGUGUGUGUGCAUUGCUGUGUGUGUGUGUGUGUGUGUGUGUGUGUGUGUGUGAGAGCUAUUAGUUAAUUUACUUUCUUUGGGUACUUAAUUUAUUCUUCUCUUUUCUUGAAGCCAAAAGGAGCUGAUCGUAAACUGAAGACUGAUAGGGAAAAGAUUGAUAAAAAGUCCCAUCAAGACAGGGAGAAAUACCAAUCCUCUCAUGAAACCACCAUGCUUACAGAGGUGAGGGACCCUGACACUGUGGCUGUGUGUCACUUGACCAUCUAUUCUGUCAUAACAUGUUAAUAUGUUGCUUUAGUCCACUCAUGUUAUUGUUGGACUCCGUAGUUAUAUGUCACUCUGACCAGCCCUUGAUGCAGUUGUCUGUUAAUGAUUGUGACAGUUAGGGCAACAGUCUGUCAGUGCCUUUUCUUUUGACGUCAACCAACAUGCUGGAACAAACAGUGAUUGUUUUCUACUAACCUGGUUUUGGGUUUCUAGGAUUUCCCAUUUAUGUCUGUAUCAGUCUACAAUCACAAUGUCCUAGUAAAACAGUAACCAGACGUGCCUCUUUCUCUGCCAGGAGCGUCUUAUUAAAGUUAAUUUUCUCUCUCUUUUGUUUCAGUGUUCCCCCUGGCCUGAUGCCCCAAAUCUCAGCAGCACUAACAACACUCCUUCCCCAGUCUACCACAGCUCCCCCACCUCAUGUAGCUUUACUGAAGGGUAAGACUCCUCUCCUAUCUGGAUGAAUUGAACUAUUCAUUGACUUAAAUUGUUGAUCAUGAUGCAAAUAUAGGAUUUUUCUAUGUCUUUGUGCAUCUAUGGCAGUUCAGUUGCACACCCACACAUUUUUUGAAGAACUGUUAUGUAGGACAAGAGGUCAGCCAAAUUGGAUCCUCCAUUAUCUACAGUGCAAUCCCAUUGGAACUGCCUAUUUGCACUAGUCUUAUCAGGACAAGUCAUUACUUAAUGACCCAACUCUUGUUAUCUUCCCCAUUUGUGUGACACUUUACUUUUAUAGCAACAGCUCUCCAAUCCAGCAGGGGGAGCUGAUUCUGUCCGGCUGCUCUUCUGAUGUAAGUAACUGGAGAAGUAGUAUUAAUGCCAUUGCUCUCAUCUCUUAUUUUUUUAGGCGAUUGUUUGGAGGCGGUGGGCAGUCAGUGGUUGCUAUAGCUACUCAUUUCAAGGGCUCUUCUUCUUUUUGACAUGUAGCACCUUGUGCCAUCGUCCUCACCGCAGGACACGCAGCAGUGGCUUCAGCGUCACAGGUUUUCGCCUUUCUGUAGGCUCUUCUCCAGCUUCUCAGGUAGUGUGUGUGUGUGUGUGUGUGUGUGUGUGUGUGUGUGUGUGUGUGUGUGCGCGUGUGUGUGUGUCUGUGUGUCAUUUUCCUUGAAAAUGUUAGGCCCAUUUCUAAGACUAUUAGCUGUCUUUGUAGCUUUUUGUUUUGAUGCAUAGGAUUGAUAUCUGAAGGACUUUUCCAGUGAAAAUUAAAUAUACAUUAUUUUUAAAGUGAAGUAAUUCACCCAUGAAUGGCACUCAGAUAACUGUCAGACACUACACAUCUAGAAUUGUUUCUAACUUUGUAGAAAGGCCUUAGCAGAGAAUAAUCUGGGAAUUUUCUCUCUCUUUAUGUCUUUGUUCCUCCAAAACUUCAUCAGACCAGUUUGUAAGUGACUGUGGAUCUUCUGUGAAUGUUGUAGGCGCUGACCUGUUGAAGAUGAGCAGAGAGGACCUGAUCCAAAUCUGUGGUCCGGCAGACGGCAUCCGGCUGUUCAACAGCAUCAAAGGAAGGUGAGAAUAAACUGCGGUGGCAGGAAGACUAUGCCAACACACCAACAUAAUAUACAUUUUUUGGCAACACUUCAUCAAUUAGUACUUUACUCAAGUGUGUAACUUUUAUCCCACAUUUACCAUGGUUAAUUCUGGAUGGGUGUUAUUCGUCUUUACUCUGUACAGGUAUAUACAGCCCCGCCUCACCAUCUAUGUGUGUCAACAACAGUCCAGGAAUCAACCACAGACCAAGCCAGGGGGGGGAGAGGGUAGGUUACUGUACAUCUCCAAUUAUUGUGGGUACUAUUAAUCUGACACCAAAGAACCCUUUCCCGGACAAAGAUAAGCCUAGUCCUGGACUAAGAACAUCCAGUGACUUUCCAGUAUUUCCCAUAUCAUGUUUUAGCUGAUGAUGAUCUCUAACCCUCAGCUAAUCGCCUUCCCUCUUAUGUCUAUAGUGUACCAUGCUCUAUAUCUGGAGGACCUGACACUGGGGGACCUCUCAGAGAAGAUAGCUCUCCUUUACAGUGUAACUCCCCAGCAGAUCAGCCACAUUUACAGACAAGGACCCACAGGGAUACAUAUACUGGUCUCUGAUGAGGUGAGAGAAGGCAGGGGACAGAGUUAAGAUGAAGGAUAUAGUGCAUCUACAGAUUACUAUUUGUUUUCAAGCAUUUGGUUAGUUGUUUGUAUGUAUGCAUCACUAAUAACUGCAGAGUAAUUACUUAGCUUUACAAAGUAAACCCUCUGACCUUCUCCAAUGUGUUUUGAGAAGGAGGCGAUGAUUGGAAAAUAGACAUUUGUUGAGUAGAUCUAGGGGUUGGGGUCAUGGGUAGUGUUUCUAUCAGUGAGUAGUGAUAGUGCUAGUGGUAGGGGUCGUGGAGUUGUUAGGUUAUCUGUAUCUCCUCCAGAGGCCCUGUGUUGGUUGUUUGUGCCCUGGGCUGGCUUGGGUCAGUCAGCUUGGGUCACUAAUAUCACUAAUGGCCCUGUGUAAAAGGCAAUGGCAUAGAAAAUCAAUCAUUAAUGACUGGUAGGAAACAGGGGAAUGUAGACCUAUGGAUGCAGAGGAACUACAACAGGAUCAACUCUGGCUCAGGCUGUUAUGGCCAGGGCUGUUUCCAUGCACCUGAUUAUGAUGUCUGGUUACUGAUUGACUACCAGCAUCAAACCAAUAAAGAGAAAGAGAUGCCAUUUAAAUGUCGAAUGAAUCACUAAGAGCUAUUUUCUUAAUUUCUUCUUUCUCAGAUGGUGCAGAACUUCACAGAGGAAACAAGCUUUGUUGUCAGCACUCUGAAAGGUCAUAUUUCCCUCACUAACCUCUUAAAUGCACAGAACCUCAUGUAAACAUGCUAUUUUUAUACUUAUUUCAUGUUUAAACAGGGCUAAUUGUUGUCCUAUGUUUGUCUUCUAAUUACAGAUGAAAAUAAUGACAGCUACCAUGUUGUGUUGAAGUGACUGGAGGACAGGUCUGGAGUGGAUGGCUUAGAUCACUGUUCAAGUGUCUGGAACCUAUAGGGCUUGUUGAGGAGUAUUGAAACGUUGUAACAUUAAUAGGUGCAAUUGUAGAUAUUGUUCAUAGCUCAUCCAAGAUAUCAUGUUCCUGUCCAGGCAAUGCAAUAACUCUGAAAAUGUCCUUGUGACAGCUUUUUAGUUAACUUUUUUUUGUUUUGUAUUUUUGUAUUAAGUUAUUGGUUAAUUUUAAUGAGAUGUGUAAUUCGUUUAUAAAGCAUGGUUCAUUACUGCAAAAUGGACAUGUACAUUUUGUUAGUAAAUAUCAUGAAAAUCUAUUUAAAAUCACUCAAGUUUGUCAAAUGUAUCAUAAAGUGUUGUUCAAAGAAAUCCAAAAUAUACUACAUUAUUGGCCUUCCUUUGUUACAAUCUAUAGUUGUUGAUUUGUUUGAUGUUACAUAUUAGAAGGCAGACAUUAGUUUCUGCGGUAUCAGUACAUUUUGUAUUAUAAAGAGUGGGGACCAACUGUUUUGUAGGGGUCACACUCAAGUAUUCAUUCUCAACCUUACUUUGAUUUCAUCUUCAAAUUAUCAUAUCUUUCCUAUCCACAUGGUUUAUGUUUAUUCAAAAGGGGCUUGUUUUGCAAUACUACAGUGUUUCAAAAGUGAUGUAAAGUCUCUGUUUGCUUCAUGCCACAAUUGCUUUACCUAUUUUAAACAUUUGAAUUAAAAGAAUCCAGACAAAUAUUUCAACCCCCAAUACAGACUUACAGAUAAGGCAAAUGAACAAAUCAUACAGAUGUAAUAGCUAAGGAGUCUAUCCUGCUUCUGUUAUUUACCUCCCAUUUUAUGUACAGCAUAUCAGUAGUUCCACAUACCUGUCCUGAAAUUUAAAUAGCUUGAUAUUGUCCAAUAUGUUAAGGAAAGUAUUACUGCCAAUGCUCGAAUGUUAAUGAAAAAGACUUGACUGUGAUGUGAUUUCACUCAACAUAAAGAAUUUUGCACUGCUCUGUA